AUGUGGCCAACGACGACAAAUUCGAAAAUAUCUCAGAACGUGGGGCCGUCGUCACCACCGGAGACACCCAGGACCGCCUCGCCCGUUUUCGGCCGCAAGAGCAGUCCCCGGCCUGGGGAACGGCCGCCACAGAUUCAUCCGCGUCCAAUGGCGCCGCCACUGUCGACCCGACAGGCGGUCAACGGACUCAACUUCGGCCACUCCGCUGCGAUUCGCCCCGAACAACUCUCCCCCCGCUCCACUAGCUCAUCGUCCGCCCCGUCGUCAGAUUCGUCAGACUCAGAGGCUUCGGAACCUCGAAAUGCGGCCAUCCCCUCGCCUUCGGCGGCUACAGAGCGGCGACCUGCGCCGGCCCCACUCGCGCCGGAGGCAAGGAUAGGCCGCAUUGUGACACAGGCCGAGUUUACCGAGUUUGUCGUUGAGGAGCUGAGCGACUUUGGCGACAGCGACGACGAGCGGCCUGGAGUGGUCCGGCCCUGCGCCAUUGAGUACGCCGAGUCGGACCGAAGCCGCUCUACGUCGCGGACCCGACCAGAGAUUGACCAAAGAAUGAUGUUCAACCUCGGAAACCUCAACUGCAGCGACUCUGACGAGACAGACCUGGACGAGCACGAAUACCAGGAAUUCCUGAUCCAGCGGCGUACAGCAGCACGACACAAACGAAUGACAUCGGGCAGCAUCGGCAAGCGGACCAUCAGUGAAAGCAUUGGCAGCGAUACGGACCGUGAGGAUAUCCGGUCAUUCCUAGGCGCCGAGGAGGCCGGCUCCAGCGCACGCCGCCUACGCCGAAGAGUCGGUGACCGGCGGAGUCUGCAGUUUUCGGACCCUCUGGCGCCUAGAAUCGACGAGCUCGACGAGCCGGGCUCGAGCGAGGAUGAGAUCCUGGUCGGCGAGUCACUCGCGCGGGAGCUUCCUUAUUAUGAAUACGUUAGCAUGGAAGUCGAUUCUCCAUGA